AUUGUCUUUAGGGAUUAGCAAUGGCCUCUUCAUCACCCGAGAGAACAUUCCACCGCUUGUACACAUCCGACUCUAGCCGUUACCAAGCAACGCAAGCUUGGCGCUCAGUGGGAAUGAACGAAAUCCAACAGCUCCCGGAGGAAUGAAGCGUUUCUACUGACCAGGUUCGGGGAGAAGGAGAAUGCCAUCGGCGUGAAGCAUGAGAUCCAACCGCACAAACAACUCACCUAUUCGAAAGCUACAAAAGACCUCGACAUUGGGGAGGGGAAAAAGCCCCUACACACACGAACACGCCUCCUCCUCCCUUCCCCUUUUCAAGAUGUCUCCACUUUCACUCUGGCGCUUCGUUACCGCCGCAAUUGCGCUCCUGGUGGUCCUCGCCGCUGUCGCCGAUGCUGAUCUCAUUGAAGCUCGGGGUACCAAGAGUCUCUCAUCGGCCAAGACAUCAUCUGCCAAGGCAGCCGUCAAGACAAGUACAACCAAGCACAAAUCGUUCAAGAGUUCGUCAAUCAAGGCAAAGUCUGUCAAGGCAAAGUCCACCUCGAAGGCAGCCAAAUCUUCCUCGAAGGCAGCCAAGUCAUCCUCGAAGGCCUCGUCAAAGGUUGCCAAGUCGACCAAGAAGGCCACCAGUGCCACGGCGAAGACUAAGCUCAGCUCAGCACCCACCGAUGCCGCAAAGGUGGUUUCUACUGCGCAUUCGGACAUCUUCUGCGCCAGCUUUGUCAAGCAGUGUUUCGAUUCUGCUCUCAGCGGUCAGACAGGAAACGUAGCAGUCGUGCACUCUUGCCAACGGCAUGGCAAGAAAAAUUCGCAGUCCUACUCGUACUCUUGCAAGCGGGACAAGAAGGACCUGACAAAGCAUGUCUUGAACGCCCUCGCCGGUGAUUAUACGGUCUACACUACCAUGGGAAGCACAGUGGUGGUCACCGGUACAACCACUGUCCUCCAGACUGACUACUCUACCAGCACCUCGACGUCUCAAAGCACGGAAGCCACCGAGACAUCGACCAGCACUGCGGCAACAACGACCUCCGUCGACGUGACCGAAGUAUCCCCUGCUGCCACCUCAACCCUCACCACUGUCAUUCCUGUCACCGUCACCUCUGCAUCUGAGGCGACGUCAACCGUGACGAGCUUCUCAACCCGCACAAUCACGACGCGAGUCUACCUCGACCAAGACGAGGUUCCCACGUAUGAGGUCGUCGUGGCUGACAACGCUCCAACUCGAAGACGGCGAGCGGUCACUGGCUUCUGUUCGACAUUCGCAACAGCUUGCACCACGGAAUGCGCCAAAGAUGAUUCCAAGGUACGACACUCUGUGUGCAAUGCAAACAAGGCCCCUCGCUACACCCUGGCCUGUGUCUGCAAGAAUGGCAAGCAAGAGACGCAGCAUGCUCUAGCAGCUGUAAUAGAGGAGAAUAACAUUGUCAGCGUCACCACCCUAGCAACCUCGACGUCGUACAUCACCGCAACUCAGACGACCACGCUCCCUACGGCCGUUGUCAGCGUUGAGGCUGUUACUUUCACGACUACGACGCCCGUGACAAGCACCUUCACCACCAUGUCCACCUCUACCGUCGCCACGACGCUGACCGAGUAUACUGGUCUAAGUGUGACAGUGGAUACCACCAUUUCUACCUCAACGGUCACAACGACACAGCCAGCCACCACGACUGUAUACGCGGCGACGACCACCAAUAUUGUGCUGGCAGCUACUGGAUAUGCGCGAGGCUUCUCCACCGAUGAUGGCACUGAUCUAGGCCUCUUGAGCCAGGACAGCGAGGGUGAAGGUCAGCUUCAGCUCACCUCAUUCGAUCAAGACGCCACAAGCAUUCUCUUCAUGGCCGUCAGAGACUCCGCCACGGGGCUCUACCAGCUCGCUCAGUACGGACAGCCUGACCAAGUCGUCUACAGCAUGUUCUCCGACAGUGGGGCUGACUACGAAGCCGGAUCUUCCGCUUUCUCGUGGAUGUACACUGGUGCUUCCUCGAAUUGUGGGUCAUCUGGAAGCGCUGCAGGCCCUCCUGCAGGUGACUCUGAUUGCGAGACGUUCGUCUUUGCGCCUCUAGCUCUUGAUGACACUCCGGGCAGCGAUACGAACACGGUCAAUUUAGAAAGUACGUGGAUCAACACCGAUGGAAGCCAGUACACCGGCAGCUGGGUCUACGACGAACACACCGGUCAAGUCUACCAGGUGGCAGAUCCAGCUGCUUUCAACUACGACUAUGAAGAGGACUCGACUGUUUUCAACCUGCGCUUCCCCUACACAUCCUGAUAGGAUACCCGUGGCACAUAUUGUGACGAGUCAGCUCACACGCUUCUUGAAUUUCUCCUUCUGGACUCGUUCCUGUGUCAUUCGUUUUCGCU